GAUACACUUGUAAAUAUGUUUGGUACACACACACACACACAACAAAUAAAUAAAUAAAUAAAAACCUCAUCCCUAAUUUGCCCAAUCGCUUCUUCCAAACAUCCAAUGGCUUCUCACACCUUCCUCUCCUUCUCAUCGCCUCCGCGCCUCCUCGUUUCCCCUCCCUCCACUCUCCGUUCCCCUUUCGUCGGCGUCUCUCUCAACCUCCACCGUCCCCAGUCCGUUUCCUUCUCCGCCUCGAAGAAAUCGCUGACAGUCGUUUCCGCCGCGAAGAAAGCUGUCGCUGUGCUCAAGGGUAACUCCGACGUCGAAGGAGUUGUUACUUUGACACAAGAUGACUCAGGUCCGACAAAAGUGAGUGUUCGUAUCACCGGUCUCACACCAGGGCCUCAUGGCUUUCACCUCCAUGAGUUUGGUGAUACAACAAAUGGAUGCAUCUCAACAGGGCCACAUUUCAACCCUAACAACAUGACACACGGAGCUCCUGAAGACGAGAUCCGUCAUGCGGGUGACCUGGGAAACAUUAUUGCCAACGCCGAUGGCGUGGCAGAAACAACACUUGUGGACAAUCAGAUUCCUCUGACUGGUCCUAACUCUGUUGUUGGAAGAGCCUUUGUGGUUCACGAGCUUAAGGAUGACCUCGGAAAGGGUGGGCAUGAGCUUAGCCUGACCACUGGAAACGCAGGCGGGAGAUUGGCAUGCGGUGUGGUUGGUUUGACGCCGCUCUAAGUCUGGGCUAAGUAAGUACUUUGGUGUCUACUGUGUUGGUCGUCUUGUCUGUUGAAUCAGAUGUCAAAUAAAGUUGGCUGAAUAAGCUUUUGAUGUUUAUGUUCCUAGCAUCAAACUCUCUUUCUGGAGUUGUGCCUUUGUAAACGUGUUUGUUACUUUUGGUUUACAUCUGCAUUCGAUCGUUUGUUUUGCUA